AUGGCUGCCCGAACCUCUGCGCGGGCGCAGGUUACCGCCGAGUUUCUGAGCGCUUCUUGGAAGUUUGCCACGAGACAGACCUACGACAAGGACACGAACCCAGACGGUGUGAUUUCUUUUGCAUUGGCCGAAAAUAAACUUGUUGUUCCAGAGAAGUCGGUGUGCAAACGCCACUCGCUCACCGAGGCCCAGGUCACGUUCGAGGUCGACGACUUCAACUACGGCAACUCGGAACGCUUCCCCAAGGCACUGGCCGUGCACCUCACAGAGUACCUGCAGCCAUGCCUCCCCAUUGAGCCAGCGCACGUUCGCGCGACCAGCUCGUGCAGCGCGCUGCACGACAUGCUAGCAUGGGCCGUGGCGGACCCGGGCGACGCCAUCUUGCUCAACCGCCCCAUUUACGGACGCUUCGAGCUCGACUUUGGCAACCGCGAGCAGAUCCGGGUCCUGUACGCCGACACUGAUGCCGAAACGUGCCUGCAGGUGAGCGCAAUUGAAAAGUACGAAGAGGCGCUCGCCGACGCCGCGGCAUCUGGCAUCAAGGUGCGGGCCAUCCUCAUCGUCAACCCUAACAACCCUCUCGGUCAAUGCUAUCACCGCGACACGCUCGUGGAGCUCAUGAAGCUCUGCCAGCGCCACCAGAUUCAUCUCAUCAGUGAUGAAGUCUACGCCUGCUCCGUCUUCCCCUCCGACGACCCAGCCGCCGUGCCCUUUACCUCGCUGCUCUCCAUCGACCCGCGUGGUCUCCUCGACGCCGACCUUCUCCACGUCGAGUACGGCUUUGCCAAGGACUUUGCCUCGGGCGGUAUGAAGCUCGGCGCCCUCGUCUCCCGCAGCCAGCCCGUCCUGCACGCCCUCGACAGCCUCAUGCGCUUCCACAAGCCGGCCGGGCCCAUUCUUCGCAUGGCCUGUCUGAUGCUCGAGGACCGUGUCUGGUGCCGCGCCUACAUUGACGCGAUGCGCGGCCGCAUCAAGGAGGCGCACGCGCACGUCACCGCGGAGCUGCGCAACGCAGGCAUUCUGUACCUCGGAGGUUCCAACGCGGGCUUGUUUCUGUGGAUUGACUUGAGUGCACAUUUGCCGGCGGAGCUAGACGGCGAGGAUAAUGCCGAGUUUGCGCUGGCGAAAAAGGCACUGGCGGCCGGCGUGUUUGUGCACCCUACGGAGGAGCACGCAAACAAGCCGGGCUGGUUCAGGCUGGUGUAUACACAAGAUCCAGACAUGGUGACUGAGGGCAUCAGAAGACUGAAGAGUGUCAUGACAUCGGCAUAG